AUGACUCAGUUUGUGCAAUAAAAAUAGCUAAUCAUGACAAUACUUGAAAAGACAAGUUCACUCCUGUCAGGAAUCAGGGUCAUAGAUUUGUCCAGAGUCUUAGCUGGACCUUUCAUGACUAUGGUCCUCGGAGACAUGGGAGCCGAUGUCAUCAAAAUUGAAAAACCCAUAGAUGGCGAUGAUACAAGAUCAUGGGGGCCACCCUUCUGUGGAAAUGAAAGCGCUUACUUUCUUUCAGUCAAUAGAAAUAAGCGCUCUGUUGUUGUAGACUUGAAACGUAAAGAAGGUGUCAAAAUAAUCACAGACCUUGUAAAAGAUAGUGAUGUAUUUGUGGAGAAUUAUGUGCCUGGGAAAAUGGACAAAUUCGGUCUUGGGUAUGAUAAGUUGAAGAAAAUUAAUCCAGGUUUAGUGUAUUGUUCGAUCAGUGGUUUCGGUCCAGAAGGACCAUACGCCCAUCGUCCUGGUUAUGAUGUUAUAGCUGCAUCUUAUGGUGGCCUGAAUUAUAUUACUGGACCAGAGGAUGGUGAGCCUUGUAAAUCUGGGGUGGCAAUGACUGAUCUGUGUACUGGUUUAUAUGGCCAAGGGGCUAUUCUUGCUGCUUUAAUGAAAAAAAGGGAGACUGGUUUGGGACAAAAAAUUGAUUGUGAUUUAUUGUCAUCUCAAAUUGCUACUUUAGUCAAUAUCUCAUCAAGCUAUCUGAAUGCUGGAAUUGAAGCAAAAAGAUGGGGAACGGCUCAUGCAUCUAUUGUACCCUAUCAAUCUUUUAAAACAAAAGAUGGUAAAUAUGUCACUGUUGGUGCAACAACUAAUAAACAGUUCAAUGAUCUAUGUGAUAAAAUGAAGCUUGAGCAUGUUUCGACUGAUCCAAGGUUUGCUGAUAAUGCAAAAAGGGUUAAGAAUCGAGAAUCCUUGCUUCCUAUUUUGAAGAAAUCAUUUUUAGAUAAAGACUGUGAAGAUUGGUUGUUUAUAUUUGAAGACAGUACUUUUCCCUAUGGACCAGUCAACAAUAUGGAACAGGUGUUUUCAGAUCCUCAUGUGUUACACACAAACAGAGUGUUAGAAUUUGACCACCCAACUGCAGGAAAAGGAUGCAAAGUCACUGCUCCAGCAGUCAAGUUUAGCAACUAUGAAUAUCCAAAAAUUCUGCCUCCACCUACACUAGGACAGCACACAAAAGAAGUAUUACGUGAUCUCCUGGACAUGUCUGAAUUUGAGAUUGACAAAUUAACAAGAAAUGGUGUUGUGACAUAAAAAAA